AUGGCAACCCACGUCCAAGUCAACCUCCCCGAACCCUUCGCCAGCAUCCCCCGCGAAUCCUUCCUCUUCGGCCCCUCCCCCAUCCAAGCCCUCCCGCGCAUCUCCUCCGCCCUAGGCGGCCAAGUCGCCAUCUACGCCAAGCGCGAAGACUGCAACUCGGGCCUCGCCUACGGCGGCAACAAGACCCGCAAGCUCGAAUACCUCGCCGCCGAAGCCCUGGCCCAGCGGUGCGACACCCUCGUCAGCAUCGGCGGCGUGCAGUCCAACCACACGCGCCAGGUCUCCGCCGUGGCCGCCAAGCUCGGCCUCCGCGCCGCCCUCGUGCAGGAGAAAUGGGUCGACUGGUCCGACCCGGCCUACGAGAAGGUCGGCAACCUGCAGCUCUCGCGCCUCAUGGGCGCCGAUGUGCGCCUCGACCCGUCCCCCUUCGGCAUCGAGCACAAGGACACCCUCCGCCGCUUGCGCGAGGAGCUGGCCGCCCAGGGACGGACGCCGUAUUACAUCCCCGCCGGGGCGUCGGACCAUCCGCUCGGCGGGCUCGGGUUCGCGCGCUGGGCUUUCGAGGUCGAGGCGCAGGAGGAGGCCCUCGGGGUGUUCUUCGACACGGUUGUCGUCUGCGCGGUGACGGGGUCUACGUUCGCUGGCAUGGUGGCCGGGUUCAAGCUCGCGCAGAAGACGUGCGGCUCCCGGCCUAGGAAGGUCGUGGGCAUCGAUGCCUCGGCGAAGGUGCGGCAGACUUUUGACCAGGUUUUGCGCAUCGCCCGCGCCACGGCCGUCAAGAUCGGCUUGGAGGAGGGGGAUAUCACCGAGGAGGACAUUGUGCUGGAUGGGCGCUAUCAUGGCGGUGUGUACGGCAUCCCGGACCAGGCGACCGUUGAUGCCAUCAAGUUUGGUGCCGCCACCGAGGGGUUCAUUACCGAUCCCGUCUACGAGGGGAAGAGUCUGGCCGGGAUGAUGGACAUGAUCCGCAAGGGGGAGAUUCCCGAGGGGAGCAACGUGCUUUACGCCCAUCUAGGCGGACAGCUUGCCCUCAAUGCCUACUCGGCUUUGGAGUAG